UUUAGAGAAGACGCUUCGUUAUAAUUUCUCAACGCAUUUUAUAUCGAGGAGGAGAUAAUGGCUCGUACUAAGCAAACCGCUCGUAAAUCAACUGGUGGAAAGGCUCCACGUAAGCAGUUGGCUACCAAGGCUGCUCGCAAGAGUGCCCCGGCUACUGGUGGAGUGAAGAAGCCUCAUCGCUACAGGCCUGGAACUGUCGCUCUUCGUGAAAUUCGACGAUACCAGAAGAGCACGGAACUUCUCAUCAGAAAAUUGCCUUUCCAACGACUCGUUCGUGAAAUUGCGCAAGAUUUCAAGACCGACCUGAGAUUCCAAAGUUCAGCUGUCAUGGCCCUGCAAGAAGCUAGCGAAGCGUAUCUCGUUGGUCUUUUCGAAGAUACCAACUUGUGCGCUAUUCACGCUAAGCGUGUGACAAUCAUGCCAAAAGAUAUUCAAUUGGCUCGCCGUAUUCGUGGAGAGAGAGCUUAAAUUACUCAGGCUACAUUUAUAACAAUCGGCCCUUUUUAGGGCCAAAAUUUUAUUCAAUGUAGUGACUCAUGGUUUUUUCAACUAUAAC